AUGGAGAAACAUCCUCAGGCACUUCGGUUAUGUGCGUUGAUAUGCAUCACUUUUUCUUCCCUUUUACAUAUCGUUGAAGCUCAGGACCAAAAAGGAUUCAUCAGCUUGGAUUGUGGCUCACCACCUAACGAGCCUCCUUACAACGACGUUCAAACCGGACUAACAUUCUCAACGGACAACGGUUUCGUGCAAACUGGCAAAACCGGAAAAGUCCAAAAGGAGAUCGAGUCGCUCUUCCCUAAACCGGUUUGGAAUCUCAGGUACUUCCCAGAUGGAAUCAGAAACUGCUAUACCUUGAACGUCACGCAAGGCUCAAAAUAUCUUAUCAGAGCUUUAUUCGUGUACGGUAAUUACGAUGGUCUUAACGAAUACCCGAGUUUCGACCUCUACCUUGGUCCAAAUCUUUUGGAAACGAUUGAUUUGAGUCUAUGGGGGACAGGUGGAAUGUUCGAGGAGAUCAUCCACAAACCCAUAUCUAAGACUCUGCAGGUCUGUUUAGUUAAGACAGGAAUAAGUUAUCCUAUGAUUAAUACGUUAGAGCUACGACCAUUACAGAACAAUAGUAUUUACAAUACUCAGAGCGGCUCUCUGAGGCAUUUCCGACGGAAUUAUUUCAGCACUGCAAGCCGUACCGUAAGGUAUCCCACUGAUGUUAGCGAUCGUGCAUGGAUACCCAAUUUCAAUGAGAAAAACUGGACACAAGUAACUACCAAUCUCACCGUAAACACUUCUAAUGGUUAUAACCCACCACAAGUCGUGAUGGCGUCAGCCUCAACGCCUAUAAGUGCUUUUGCGUCCUGGAAUUUCACCUGGUUAUUGUUUCCUUCCACGACCCAAUUUUAUAUCUACAUGCACUUUGCCGAGAUUCAAUCUUUACAGGCCAACGAAACCCGAGAAUUCAGUGUAUUGGUGAAUGGUGAUCCUAUGCACGAACGCUAUAGUCCUAAACCGUUGUCCACAGAAACGUUAUCCUACUUCACACCACAACAAUGUGAUAAAGGAAAUUGCAUCGUAGAGUUAUUAAGAACGUCAAAAUCUACUCUUCCUCCUCUCAUAAAUGCUAUCGAGAUUUACAUGGUGAUCGAUUUUCCGCUGUUGGAAACAAACCAAGAUGAUGUUCUUGCUAUCAAGAGUAUCCAAAAUACUUAUGGACUGAGUAGGAUUAGCUGGCAAGGGGAUCCUUGUGUUCCUAUAGAGUUCUUAUGGGAUGGUUUAAACUGUGACAACUCAAAUGCUUCAGAGCCACCUAUAGUCACUUACUUAAAUUUAUCAUCAAGUCAACUAACCGGGAUCAUCGCGCCUGGCAUUCAAAAUCUAACCAACCUAAAAGAAUUAGACUUGUCAAACAAUAAUUUGACUGGAGGAGUACCUGAGUUUCUUGCUGGCAUGAAAGCACUCUUGGUCAUAAAUUUAAGUGGGAACAAUCUGAAUGGAUCUAUUCCUCAAGAUCUUCUUAAGAAAAAAGGACUAAAACUAAUUAGUGAUGGAAACCCGGAUCUUAUUUGUGCGGAUGAAUUAUGUGCUAACAAAUCCGCUGGUUCCAAGAAAAAGUCUAGUGUAGUACCUAUUGUUGUAUCGGUUGUAGUCGUUGUUGUUCUUGGAUCUGCAUUGGCUUUCUUUUUUGUAUUCAGAAAGAAAAAGACACCAAACAGUGCAGGUAUUGGUCUAUCAUCUUAUAUGCAUGUAUCAGAUCCUAGAACAACCAGAUCUUCAGUACCGGCAAUAAUGACGAAAAACAGAAGAUUUACUUACUCGGAGGUUGUAACAAUGACAAAUAACUUUGAAAAAAUCCUUGGUAAAGGAGGAUUUGGAAUGGUCUAUCAUGGAACUGUAAAUGGUACUGAACAAGUAGCUGUUAAAGUGCUCUCACACUCAUCUUCUCAAGGGUAUAAAGAAUUCAAAGCAGAGGUGGAACUUCUUCUCAGAGUUCACCACAAAAAUUUAGUUCGCCUCGUCGGAUAUUGUGAUGAAGGAGAAAAUUUAGCUCUCAUAUACGAAUACAUGGCUAACGGAGACUUGAGAGAACAUAUGUCGGGAAAACGAGGUGGAUCUAUUCUGAAUUGGGAAACUAGACUAAAAAUAGUCGUCCAAUCUGCACAAGGUUUGGAAUACUUGCAUAAUGGAUGUAAACCACCUAUGAUUCAUAGGGAUGUCAAAACCACAAACAUAUUAUUGAAUGAGCAUUUUCAGGCUAAGUUAGCUGAUUUUGGACUUUCAAGAUCUUUUCCAGUUGAAGGAGAAACUCAUGUGUCCACGGUUGUUGCUGGAACCCCUGGAUACCUUGAUCCAGAGUAUUAUCGAACAAACUGGUUGAACGAAAAAAGUGAUGUUUAUAGCUUCGGAAUUGUACUAUUAGAGAUCAUCACAAAUCAGCCUGUAAUCAAUCAGAAUCGUGAAAACCCAUAUAUUGCAGAAUGGGUUGGGGUAAUGCUUACAGAAGGAGACAUCCAGAACAUUGUGGAUCCAAAACUCCAUGGAGAUUAUGACUCUGGUUCUGUUUGGAGAGCAGUUGAACUAGCAAUGUCGUGUCUAAAUCCUUCGUCAGCUAGAAGACCAACUAUGUCUGAAGUCGUUACCGAAUUAAACGAGUGCUUAGCAUAUGAAAACUCAAGGGAAGGAACAAGCCAAAACAUGACUCACAGAGUUCUAUAG